UCGACCUUCAUGGCGCGUGCCUGCUUACGCUAUUCUGUACAGUACGGAAUUUAAAAGAGAAAGAAAGCUUUGAAAACAGUGUUUUUUCUCUCACACAUGAGAGUAAAAAUAAUAGGGAAAAAUAGUAGGGCGUAAUUAAUAACAAUGCACUUCGGCGUAAGGUAGGGAAUGUGCAAUCUAUAUUUAUUUUAUCUAUGGUUGAAGACUAUCGUAACACAAUUCGCUUGCGCCUUGCACAUUUCCUGUCAAGCAUUUCGGAGUUAGAUUUCUCUCAGUUAUACUUUGUCGCAUUUUCAGCACUUAAAGCUAAGAAGAUGCAUGUAGAUACAUGAUGCAAAGUUGGAAAUUUGAUAUAUCGGUGCCUGUUUUUUGACCGGAAUGGACAGAAGUGCCGUUGGGGGCACUCUGUCAAACGGACACACACCUGCUCGACAGACGACAUUUUCGGAGGCCAAGCGGCUGGUCCGCCGCGCCGUUCCUCUGCGCAAAAGCAAGGAUUUCGCUUCUUAUUGUGUCGCGACGGGAAAGUGUCCGCGUAUAGCGGCGUCCGCCUCGGCUUUUCCCAGAGAUAUUCGUCUGCGCGCGAGCGGACGGCAUCGCUUGGUGAAGGAUCGCGGUCCUUCGAACGGGCCUGUCGCGGACUUGUUCGCGUCCGCACACGUACUUAUCUCGUCUUGUGACUGGUGUAAUUGGAGUUUCGGGUGGGUUUGCGUAGCUGUCGCGCGUUCGCCCACUGUGCAGCAAAUUUACGACGUGUCGUUGUUGUCCCACGACAGUUGAAGUCAUUCCGUUUUCGCGUGACAGAAUUGCGCGAAUUUCAUAGAGUUCGUUUAAAAUUGACGUAAGAAACCAACCGCCCAAGGAAAAGGCGAUGUUACGCGAUCGAUAAUCCGGCGCCCGAUCCUGGAACGCUUGUACGAUACGCCAAUUGACGAACACACGUCCGCGCUCUGCGAAGUUGACUUUGCUCUCACGUCUCGAGCAAAUACUAUGGCACCUACUAUGCCGACGGCAUCUGUUCCGUGAGACAUCCGGUCGUGCCGUGCUCGCAUAUUGCGGCGCCGGCGACGACGAUGAGUUCGUUUGUCAAGCUUCCCCGUGCGCGCGACCAAAGGAAGCAAGUGACGUGAGAUACGUGCGUGUAUACGUGCGCGAGUGCGUGUAUGUGUUUAUGUGCGGGUGAGAGCGAGUCGCGCGGUGUGCAGCAUCUUGUCCGCGGGAUCUUUGCGGAUGGACUUUUCUUCGAACCAUUCUGACACAUUUGGACGGGCAUUCGGACGUGUACAUUCGAUUGUUCCUGCGCAGCGGCUACGGCCAUUUUGAAUCGAUGAUUGCUAGCCGCGGUGGCGCGGUGGCGAUUGUCAACAUCACCGCGCUGUAACACCAAAAUCGGACGGUUUUACGUGUCACCGUAUCUCGAUCGUCAAGAUUCUCGCUACGAAGCCUCCCCCGGAGAGCAUUCGUGCUUGCGUAUGUGCACACGUACGCACAUACGCAUGCACGCAUACGCAAUGCGUUAUAGAACUUGGAAAUGAUGCUGCUAAGUCGAGCCUCUACUUUGCAGAGAAAAUAUCGAUAAAUGCAACAGUGACAUUUGAGGAGCUCCUCCCUCUCCGCUGAUUUCGAGGAAAUAGGAAAUCCAUAUUCCCAAAAGUUGGAUUUGCGACGUGCGACAAGUAGAGAGAGAGAGAGAGAGAGAGAAGGAAAGACACGGUUGGGUUCAUCCGCCAGCGACACGUCAAUCGUUCGAAUUUGACAUGUGACCGUCAACAGUCGCGUUUACGUAAGUUGUGUCUCCUGAGUGAACAUUCGCUCGAUCAUAUUCGCAUUCGCGAAGGAACAUUCACUUUCAGUGCUCUUAGAAUUUCUUCCGCAUAUUUUACGCACGUAAAAUAAUUUUCAGUUGACAGCCCGCUCAGGCUAACCUCAAAGUUGCGAGAGAUCAGUGUCCUUGAGUAUAUAGUCGAGUAUUCGUCAACUGUAAUUGAUCAUCCAGUCUCAUAGACAACACCUAGGAAGGCGGCAGAAUCUCAAAUUGCGAAUAACGUGACUCUGCAAGAAACUUCUUGACUAACUAUCAACGCCGAGGAACGUAGUCAUUUUCGUUGCUCUGGUCGCGCGCGUCAAGCCGUAUAAGCAUUUUUUCAUGAAGAUUCCGCAUCGGGUUGCAUCGAGACAGUGUACAUGAAACUCUAAGAAUAAUUCUGGCAUUAAUUAAACCAAGGUACUUUCCUAGAUUAACAAUUCCUGGACUAGCAAUUCGCAGUCCUAUUUUAAAUUAGCAACUCCUACAUUAGUGACUUAUCGGCUCUUUCUAUAUUAACACCUAGAUUAGCAACUGGCCGCCCGUUUCUUUAGGUUAUAAUUGUACUUAUAAACGAAAGACAGAAAGAAAAGACCGAAUUAAUCGGGCUUGACGUCGGUACAACUGGUUCGGUACAACCAUCGUAGUCUAAGCAUGUCGCAUUUGUUUGAUUGAAAAUUGCCAGUGCAACGCGGCAUCUUCAAUGCGGCACGGAUCGUCGAAUUUAAGAGCAAUCCUUUCGAGGUUCAAUAGCCCUUGAGGGGUAGAGAACAAGAAGGAGAGACAAAAAGGGAUGGUGAGAAGAGAGCCAUGAGCACGGCGGAUACCGCGCUGUCAAUUUCGAUCAAAAUGGCCCCAGGGCCGGAACAUCGCCAGGAACCGGUAGCUCCUGACAAAAUUGCCGAGAGCGAUCAAACUGCUACCGCCGCCGCCACCACCGCCACCGCCGCCACCGCUGACAUCGUUGUCAAUGCGGAGAAUAUUGAUGUUACAACGACCGAUAGCAGCAAUAAUAGCAACAACGAUUCCGUCGUUGCUUCUGCCGCCGCCGCCGCCGUCAUCGUUACGGAACAAAGUUCGAACAUCGAGAUCGCUCCAGCUAAUUUUGCCACUAGCAUCGAUUCGAUCAACCAAAGCUCGCCGCCGAGCAACGGCACCGACAGCAAACAGGAAGAACCAGCAACUCUGUCUGCGUUAAAUGAGGGUGAAUUACGUGCUUUGCUGGAUGAAGCUAUAACAUACAAGUGCCCUAAAGAUCGAGAGGGCAAAUCUAAUCUCUUUAAGGAACUUUUACAAGAAGCAGAAGCAGAUGAGACCGAGGAAGGACGUAGGGUAAUAUCUAAUUCACGUUGUCUCCCUGGUUCAAAUCGUAGAAGACAUAAGCGGGAAUCCGUUUCCGAGCGUUUGACACAUGGUGGAUCAUUGCAAAAUUUAGCUCAACCUCUUGCUUCAGAGUUCGAUAGUAGCUUUGCUUAUCUGACAUCUAGUUCGUGUCAUACUUACGGAAGCAGUAGGAGAAAGAACAAGAAAUAUACAGGACCUAGUGUCUCUGCUAGACAGAGGGAAGGUGGAUCAUUACCAUCGAAUGUAAAUGCGUCACAUAGCCUUGCUUCUUUGGCCAAUCUAGAUCUAAUAUUCGACAAGAAGCGGAGUUUCUGUGAAGAGCGAUCGGCAUACGAUUGGACCAAUAAGGAAAAAUCCAAAUCUUUAGACAAACCAUCAUAUACCAGUACAAAGAAGGAAGAAAAAGAAAAAGAGAAGAAAGACUCGAAAAGAGACACUGCUAGUUUAGGAGAGGCAGAAUCUGAAAUAAGAGAGAAAAAACUUAGUAAAGUAAAAUACGGAACAAAUGAGAUGCUGGAAUCAGAUAAUCCACCCCCGGAAUAUAAAUCAGAUUACAUGGUGAUCGAUUUGGGCGAUGUUGAGGUAGGUGCUAUCAGUGAGAGAAAUGUUGGGUCUACAGCAAGCGGAGUUCAGAGACCACGUUCAUUAGACACCGAAAACGAUGAGGGAACUGAAAUGAAAAUUAUUGAACCGCGUAAACCUAUCCAUUAUGUCACACGGGCAACUAUAGACUUAGCACAUCAACAAAUUCAACAAACUCAACAAACUCAACAAACUCAACAAACUCAACAAACUCCUGUGGACUCUGCUGUAGAUUUCUCUCUUCGUGAUCAGAAGCAAGAGAAAUCAAAAAUGUCCGUUAAUGGUACAGAGGUGACGGGGGCUUUGUCAUUCCAACCACACAACAGUAUAAAAUAUGCUAUAGGAGGCUCCAACAGUUCUAGCACUACCCAGAGCAAGAUCGUGCCGAGUUUGUGUUCUGUGAUGCCAACGUCUUGGCAAACGCAGAAUAUAACAAUGGAAGGCCCCAGGUACACGACGCAGCACAUCACAAUGAAGGAUCCAUCCGUGUCGGGAGAAAAGAAAUCGUUGGACGAAAACGGAAACGCAGUGCAGACUUACAACGGCGAGCGAAAGAAGCCAAGGAGGAAACACACUCAGGAACAUAAUGUCAAAGUUUAUAACGCUGAAAAUGUCGAGGGUCAUCGUAACGAGGAUAUCGACAGUCUGAUUAACUUUAUUGAGAAUAAAGAAUCCAAAAACAAGAAAGGAAAGACCAGCAAUCCCGUUAGAGUGAAGACCAGUUCUGGCACAAAACCGAGAACUAGAGAAAAAGAUGCAAAAAGGGAACAGUUACCCUCCAAGCUGCAGAAGUCUAAUUCUUUGGAAGAAAUUUCCAAGACAAAAUUGGAGGAUCUCACGAUGGAGAAGAGCGUCAGUUCCAGUGGAGCGAGCAGCAUAUCUAGCCAACAUGGUGUGAAUGUGGCGUUACGACGCCCGAAACAAAGAAGCACUGGAGACGCAGCGGUUGAUAGUCGAGGCGACAGGCGAUCGUGGGGAACAGAGGAAGGUCAAUCGAUAUAUUGCAACGACACUGGGGAAGAUUAUGCCGGUCGCCGUAAUUCCAACAAGAAGAUUAAUGCAGAACCGGAACACGAGACGGAGUUUUUGGUGGUUACGAAGAAAAAGAAGAGCAAGAAACAGAGAAGGAGCUCCAGUGGCGGCAGAGCGCAAAAUCUCACGACAUCAGCAUCGUAUCUGCAGAAUUCCAGGGGAUUCUCUAACGAUUACAGGACACCGCUCUCUCCCGAACUCCGAAGAAAAUCAGCGAGCAGUAUGCCUCCAAGUGACAAGUCGGAUAGUAGCGACUUGGAUUCGGUCCAUUCGUUGCCGGUUACGUCAAACACCUCGAAGCACAAUUUGUCCAAAGUCGCGACGUCGUCGGGCGGUACUCCGCAAGCGAGUUACGCGGACAUAGCGCGCAUGGCCACCAUUAAUAUAUCACACAAUCUAAACAUGUCCGCCAUCGGUCCAUGCAGCAUGCUGAACACAGCAUCGUGGCCCAGUGUUCCGCCAAAGACUUAUUCGGAGCCGGACAAAGUGCCUCAAGAUUAUUACCCGAGCCUAGACGAGAUACAGCAUACGGAGAAGAAAGUGAAGCAGCAACAGAACUUGGCCCAAACGAAUCAUGCGGCAGCGAGUUUGAGUCUGGUCUUCGAAAAGCCACUUUCGCCGACUUUGAAAAUGAAAAGUUCGUCGGACAGAAAAAAGGCCGAGGAUCAAGAGGAAGCCAUUAAUAAAAACAUGCAAGUAUUUAAAUACGUGCAAGACAUCGAAAAGAUGCAUGAAAGCCUAACGCAGCAGGAACAGAAGCAUGCGACUUGCAGCAAUUACAAUGCAAAUUUAAAUGAGAGUACCGCGAGUACAAACGUCGUGACGCCAAAACUGAGUAACAUUAAUACAACGAUGAAUUAUAGUCCAGUCGAUGCCGAUAAUAAUACCAACUGCACUGUCAACAAUAAAGAUUCUCUUACGCAUUCGAGAGCUAACAAUCCUCGCUCUCGUAGAAAUUAUAUACACAGUAAUCAAAAUGUACAAACUCAGAGUUCGUACGAAGAACAACAUAGUAAAAAGCCUUAUCACGAUGAGGUGGUUAAGAAGGCGCACAGUAUCGAUGUUCCACAGUCUGAGAGCAGAGCGAAUCUGACAACCGCGUCGCACGACAGCGCGGACGCGCAGAAAUUGAAAGUCAUAAAACCUGCGCAAGAGUCGCAAAGCAUCGAAACCGAGCCUGGCAACAACAAAACAAUCUAUAGCGAUCCGAGGACAGCGAAGGUUGUGAAAGAACAUCAGAAUAUCGCGAUGAAGCAUGAUGUGGCGAAAGUAGUAGUUUGUCAGACGCAAAAUAAUCCGAAGCAAGAUAAUAAUCCGCAGGACGUGGAGAACAAGAAAACGAAAUCGCAGAGUACACAGUCCGAUAAGGAUCAGUCGCAAAAGCCGUCUACGGAGACACAGCCGACGAAGAAUUCCACUCCCAGACCUGCGGUGAUCUUGCUGGACGAAACUUCCUCGGAUAUCGCCAAGAAUAACAACCUGCCGACGGAGCUUACGUUUGGCUUUGAGAUAAACGAACUGUUGCUUUCGGAGGACAACGGCAACGAGGAGACUCCAGACAUCGACAAGCCCCGCUUUUCUCCAGCUGUGCCGCCGCUCGUGAACAAACCGCCGCCUAACAACUACGAGAGGAAUCCGCCGUUAUUCGCCGAGAAAUCCGUGAGAUAUGACAAGUUCUCGUCCGGUUAUCACAUGCAACCACCGAGCGCUCAUGUGACGCCGACAAACGCUCACGUGACGCCUGUGCAUCCGGUCAUGAUGCAACCACUGCCGUACAUGAGCUAUCCUACGACCCGAUUUCCGCCGCCCACGUAUCUUCCACCGCCGCCUCCACCGCCACCCGGAAUCAUGGAGAAAUUCCAUCCGCCGAAGGAAGACUUCUCUAUGCUUUACGUAGCGCCCGAGGAAGAGCUGAACGUGCAGACGUACAACCACGAUAAGAUUGUGUCGUUCGUCGGCUUGGCGUGGGAUGCAGUCAUGAGAGAAAUGCCCGUGACUGCGACUGGCCGCAUACAAUUUUACAGUGGACAGUGAAGUGAAAAUUGUCGACGCGCCGAAGGAAAUAAGCAGUAACAGUAACUUUUGUACUGGUAAAUUACUUCCAUUACAAAUAGCUAGUUCGAUGAGUGUCUCGUUGAUACACGAGAUCAAAUACUUUUACGUGUUGCGUGCACAGUUGCUUCUUUCGAGCACGGGCGUAAAGUUCGCUCGUGACGAAAUUAUCUGUCUUCUUUGAGUCAAACGCUGACUUGUGCGAGAUUAGUGAAGCUAAGCGGUGCGAAGUGUGCCUCAAGAGAUAAUAAUAGCAAUGUACAUAUAAAUCAGUCACCAAAAACAGUGGGAAAACAGAGAGCAGAAGGGUAAAGUGUAUAUUCCAAUGUACAAUGUGCUUGCGUAAAUUUCUCACACACUGUUGACAGUGUCGUAAAACUGCAGUAUUGACAAUUAGCGACAUUGGUCGAAAAAGAAAAAAAUAAAAAUAGGAUUUUCAAUGGUGAAAUUCUUUCUGAAUGCACAUAUUACAGGUGGACGUAGCCUGUGUGACUGUGGUAUGUCAGUGAAAAUUAUUUGGGGCUGACAAAAUGGACUUGUAUGUACUAUAGCCUGGCAUUCUAAAAAAACUCCCUAAACUGAGUUUUGAAAAUGUCAAAGCUCAAAAUCUGGUCAAAUGUCUGUGAAGAUAGAAUGCGGAAUGUAUCGCAAAACGCUAAAUUUUUACACAGACUUGCUUAUUUAAUAAAUAACUAAUAAUUAUUUGUAAUGAUAAUUAUAAGGAGAUACUUGCUUGUGAUCAGUAAAAAUACGGAUGGUGUGAAUGUGUGUAUAAUUUCGUGUAGAGUUUCUUCAAUCGGUUGAUGAAAGUGAGACUGCUGUUCGAUCACAAUAUAUUAUCGCGUCAAAAUAUCUUUGAACUUUCUAGGGGCUCUAAGCGGAAGUUAUUCCAAAUUGAUGGCAUUUCACGUGAAUAAUAAUGCUAUAACUUUGGCGCGCAUACUUUCGCAUGACAUGUUCGUAGCAUGUUUGAAUGAUUAUUUAGAAUUUAAACGAGAGGAUGCGUUCAAAUAGACUUUAUAUUACAUUUACGAAUCACUGACAAUAUUAACUGCCCCUCGCUUACAUGUUAUUAUCUAUAAUGUUACAUAAUCUCUUAUUAUUCCAGAUUUCGUAGAAAAAAUGACCGAUUAACCGAUAUAAUUUUUGAUACGUAAAAGCCCGUGUGUACAAUGAACGCAUGUUGCAAAAGAUUCAUGCGGAAGAUGGAAAGUUGAAUUUUGUUCGACUUGACAUGCUGCUGUUGAAUGCGACUUGCGAUCAUUGUAGGAGUGGGCGUUGUUCCGAAAGUGCACAAGGAUAAUUUGUGUGCAUUAAUGCGUAUCAUUUGCUCAUUAAAUGUAACUUGACUUUUAUAAAGUUGUAUACGCGAAGUACUUUCCUAGUUCCUAAGUUUUCGUUUUUUCUUAUCGAAUCUUAUCGUAGCUUACAAACGAUAAUCUACUCAUUUUCAAAAUGCAAUCUUUUUAGUAUAUUGUUCUUCUGAGAAUAAAAAAUUUGGGGUCUUUGUCUUUUUUCGUGGCAUUAUUUACAGGCGUAAAUAAAAAAAAUAUUGUCACUUUUUCAAUAAAAUGCAUGUGUAUGUAUAUGAAAGCGUAUAUGCUGGUUCAUACUUUCAGUACAUGUGUACAUGAAGAAAUGUGCACAGAAUGGAGUUAAUUCGAUAACUCUGCAAACAUUGAUUUUAUUUUAGUGAAAAAUGUUUCAGAUAAAUAUUGUAUAAUUCGAAGAAGGUCGUACGAUGAUGAAUGAUUUAAAUUUUAUCUCUGGUAAUUUUUAAAAUUUUAAGACUCUUCAAUCUUGUAAGUCAAAAUUAAUUUCGUUUUGCAAUAAAAAUUAUAGAACAUUUAAUUAAUGAUGAAACAAAUUCAACUGUCUUGAAUGAAUUGUCUUCAAGCGACGUUUAUCUGACUUGUAUUUUGAAUUUAAAAAUUUAUUAUUAAUCUAUUAAUGAUAAAUUAAUAAAUUUUGAAAAAUAUUGUCAACGUUGGACUUGGAUACAUUUCCGCAUUCUUUUCUGAACUUUGUCAAAAAUACAUGCAUUUUUAUGACGAUAAUCUUUCAUUUGCUUGAGUUAACUUUAUUAUUAUUAAUGCGUUAUAUUGCUUUCUUCGAGCUGUGCGAAUUUUUCGCUAAAAUCAACAUUUACAGAGUUAUCAAAGAUUCUAGUGCUCUAUUCUACAUAUAGUGACAAAUUUAAUCUUUUAAAUUGACUAUAAGUUAACUGGAAACAGUAGAAAAGAUAUAUAAUCGUAUCUUUUAUAUUUGUAUGCCUGUAAAUGCCUAAAAAUUGAGCCUAAGUAUAAUACGACUUUUAAAUGUUAAAAUACACAAUUUUUAAAUGUAAGUCUACGAACUCCGUAAUCUCAGGCUAUAUUUAUGGUCUGCAUAUUUUGCUCCAAGUACUAAACAGAUUAAAUAUUAAGUGUUAAUCAUUUUGCGUUUAAACUAGUAGUUUUAGUUAUAUUUUUCAAUUUGUUUUAUGGUACUGCUUCUUAUUAUUGAAGCAAGAAUGUGAGAAUAUACUCUAUAUUGAAAAUGAUUAUUCUCGUAUAAAAACGUGGUUGCAUAACGUAUUAUUCAAAGCAAUGUUCGUACAGCAGUCUCAUACGUCGAGAUAAGAAUGAGUGAAGUGUCGUUGAAACUUAUCGCCUUUAUAGGUAAUGAUAAAGUAAAAUUAUCAUGGAUAAGUUUCAUAUGAAAGCAUGAAAGUGUACUGUCUAUUUAGUAUUAACGCGAGAGUUAAUUAUUAAUGAAUUAGGAUUGGUAAAGUUUGUUAUAUAUCGUUUUUUCUUUGCGAAGAUAUCAAAAUUGUGUAAAAACGACAAAAAAAAGAUACCGUGCUCUGUUGAGACUUCUCAUUUUUGUCCAGUACGUAGGAAAUAGUCCAGCUGGAAGUACAGCUUUCGAGAUAAUUGAGAAAUUGAGAUUAUUUAAUUGUACGACGCAAGCAUCAUGUGACGCAUAUCGGAGAGUAACUCGAAAAAAGUAUAAUCAGCUGAAAUAUUUGUUGCGAAUAUGACGAAAGAUCCCGGUAUGUUGGUUUUUUUCUUUUUUUUCUUUUUUUUCUUUAUUUUUGUUUUAAAACAAUUUUGUGAAACGUUCGUACGUUAUAUUGACUAUACCAGACAUUUACACGUGCCCACAUGUUUUUUAGAGUUACCUCCUUUUUUUCCUAAUAUCACGUCUUACAUUUAGCUCCGUUAUCAAUAUUGAAAUUGCAUUCCAAAAGUCAUUAAAAAAAAGGUAUUUUUCUAUUUUUUUGACCGGGAGAAUUUUAAACAAUUUUUUUGCACUUUUUUAAUAUUUUUUCCUCAUAUAGUAUUCCAAUUGUCCGAUUUUUUUUUCUUUAUUUUUAUAUACACGAGACACUCGGCUACCCACUUAUGACAAUUGUAUGCGGUAUCACCGUAUCACACUUUGACGGAAUCAUUAAAAUAAAAACGAGUAAUACUUCUUUUGAGCUAUUUUAAAAAUCCGAUAUGCGAAAACCAUACUGAACGAGUCGGGUGCUCCAUUCGCCUUAAAAUAACAAACUGCAGUCUCAACCUGUGCCAUUGACUGGUUUAAAUGGCCAAAUGAUAAGAGUUCGCAAGGUGUGCACUGUUAAAUGAUCCUGCCUUCCACCUUUUCUCUUUUUCCAGCGCUCGCGAGAGAGAAACCUAAGCGGGAGGGGAGAAAAAUAGAAAGGAAGAGGACAGGACCGAUUUAACAGUGUAAAUAGCGAAUGUGGGGAGGUACCUAUGCUAGCCUGUGUCGCACAUGUAGGGGAUAAAAUUACUGAACGACUUUCAUUCAAUGAACAUAUGACGAAUGCGUGGACAUUAUCGCGGACCAGCCGGAACUUACUUUAGUGUCUUUGAUCACCGUGUAAUCGGGAUCGACGAUAACGAGAGUGACACAGCUUGAGAAAAACGACAAAAAAAAAAAAGAAGCAAAGCUACAUUAUAGAUAAAUCUAUGUGCCCCUCCCCCCUCCCCCAUACUGUUUUCGUUUAUAAGUGUUUACGAUGAGAAAAAUAAAUAUAUGUUUAUUUUCUUUCAUAUCGAUCUUGCAUCCAUCUCCUAUUCAUUUACAGUCGCGAUCGAUUGGUGAACGUUUGAGUGUUCUCUAACA